UCCUCUACAGGCAGCAGGCCGGCCAGACUGGAGCUCAAGUACAGCCAGACAGGAGCCACAGCUGAAUGAAAUACCGGUUAUCGGAUCAGCAUGAAUGCCUCAGAGGAAGAUGACUACUCCUACUUCUACCAUGAGAACAUCAGCUUCAACUACAGUGAUGAUGACUAUCCCACCUUGUGUGAAAAGAGCAAUGUCCGUUCUUUCGCGGCCCUCUUCCUCCCCAUUGUGUACAGCCUGAGUCUGGUCGCAGGACUGGCAGGGAAUGGUCUGGUCGUGGCCAUCUACACCUACCACAAGCGCCUGAAGACUGCCACGGAUGUUUUCCUGAAUCACCUAGCCGUGGCCGACCUGCUGCUUCUCUUCACACUGCCUUUCUGGGCUGCGGACGCCGCAAAGGGUUGGGACCUGGGGGACGUCGUCUGUAAGAUUGUGUCGGCCUGCUACACGGUGAACUUUAACUGCUGCAUGUUGCUGCUAGCCUGUAUUAGCCUGGAUCGGUACUUAGUGGUAGCUAUACUGCAGGGCAAAGACCAAAGAAGGUGGCUGCAGAGGAUGUUCAACAGGAAACAGUGCUGGAAGGUGAGCCUCGCUGUUUGGGCAACAGCUUUCCUUCUUGGCUUUCCUGAUUUGAUCUUCUCACAAGUGACUUACGCCUCAAAUAGGAAUGUCUGUCACGCCAUCUAUCCUCAGGCCAUGGGACAAGGUGGGAAAGCUGUGCUGGAGAUAACUGAGGUCUUGUUGGGAUUCCUGCUUCCUCUCCUGGUCAUGGUGAGCUGCUACUGGAUUGUGGGCCGAGCACUAAAGGACCUCCCUGUUGAGAGCAGAGGCAAGAGGUGGCAAGCCCUGCGGGUUCUUCUAGUGGUAGUGGCGGUGUUUGUCGUCACUCAGCUGCCCUAUAACGUGCUGAAGGCAUACCGGGCGAUGGAUUCAGUGCACAUUUUAGUGACCCACUGUGAGACUAGUAAAGGGCUGGAUCAGGCAGCUCAGGUGACUGAAAGCCUGGCCCUUACUCACUGCUGCCUCAACCCGAUCCUCUACGCUUUCAUGGGGACUUCUUUCAGGAGGCACGUGAUAAAACUGGCCAAGAAAGUCGGGCAAAAGAGAAGGAAGCAGAGGGGGAGAAGAGAAAGUCCUGCAGAGCUAGAAGGGAUUGAGAUAUCAUUCAACUCUCAUAAUGCCUCCAGAGAGACAAGUACAUUCUCCAUCUGAGUUGAUCUGUAUUAAUCAGUUAACCAGUAGAGCGCAAGAGCAGGUAGACAGCAAUUUAGAGUGUUGAUGAUGAAAGAUCUGCUGCAGCUUUGUGUUUAGAAAUAUUUGAGUUACAGUUUUAGGCACAUUAAAAACUUUAAGUGUCACUUUUUCUAUUGACUUGAUGCAAUGUAUUGUUGACUGCUUUAAAUCAGUAGAAAUGUCGAUAUUGAUGAAU